CGUCGGGAUGAGGAACGAGCAGGCGGCUUGCUAUGCUGCCUCAGCGGUUGGCUAUCUGACAGGCAGGCCAGGAGUCUGCCUUGUCGUGUCGGGCCCAGGCCUCAUCCACGCCUUGGGCGGUAUGGCAAAUGCACACAUGAACUGCUGGCCCUUGAUUGUGAUUGGUGGUUCCUCUGAAAGAAAUCAAGAAACGAUGGGAGCUUUCCAGGAGUUUCCUCAGGUUGAAGCUUGUCGAUUAUAUACCAAAUUCUCUGUCCGGCCAAGCAGUGUAGAAGCAAUUCCUUCUGUUAUUGAAAAGGCAGUGAGAAGCAGUAUUUAUGGCCGUCCGGGCGCCUGCUAUGUGGACAUACCUGCAGAUUUUGUGACCCUCCAAGUGAGCGCAGAUUCCGUGAAAUACCUGGAGUGCUGCAUGCCUCCCCCCAUCAGCAUGGCGGAGGCCUCCGCUGUGUGCAUGGCGGCGUCUGUCAUCCGGAGUGCCAGGCGGCCCCUCCUCAUCAUCGGGAAAGGUGCCGCGUACGCCCGUGCGGAGGAGAGCAUCAGGAAGCUGGUGGAGCAGUGUCAGUUACCGUUUCUGCCCACUCCCAUGGGCAAGGGUGUUGUUCCUGACAGCCACCCGAACUGUGUCAGUGCGGCCAGAUCCAGGGCUUUGCAGUUUGCUGAUGUAGUUGUGUUACUCGGUGCCAGACUGAACUGGAUUUUACAUUUUGGACUGCCUCCAAGAUACCAGCCAGAUGUGAAGUUCAUCCAGGUUGAUAUCUGUGCCGAAGAACUGGGGAAUAACGUUAGGCCUGCUGUAACCUUGCUCGGGGACAUAGAUGCCAUCACCAAACAGCUUUUAGAACAAUUUGAUAAAAGUCCAUGGCAAUAUCCUACAGAGAGCAAGUGGUGGAACCUUCUGAGGGAAAAAAUGAAGAGUAAUGAAGCGGCGUCCCAGGAGUUGGCUUCCCGGAAGUCCCUGCCUAUGAAUUACUACACAGUGUUCUACCACGUGCAAGAGCAGCUCCCCAGAGACUGUCUCGUGGUGAGCGAGGGGGCCAACACCAUGGACAUCGGGCGCACCGUGCUCCAGAACUGCCUUCCCCGGCACAGGCUCGAUGCUGGGACUUUUGGAACAAUGGGAGUCGGCCUGGGAUUCGCCAUCGCAGCUGCUCUGGUGGCUAAAGAUAGAAACCCCGAGCAGCGGGUCAUCUGUGUGGAAGGGGACAGCGCGUUUGGGUUUUCCGGCAUGGAGGUUGAGACCAUCUGUAGGUACAACUUGCCGAUCGUCAUCCUGGUGGUGAACAAUAAUGGAAUCUACCAAGGUUUCGAUGCGGAGAGUUGGAAAGAACUGCAGAAACAUGGAGAUGCUGCCUCAGUGAUCCCUCCAAUGUGUCUUCUGCCAAACUCACGUUACGAGCGGGUCAUGACUGCGUUUGGAGGCGAGGGUUACUUCGUGCAGACACCAGAGGAACUCCAAAAAUCGCUGCGGCAGGCCCUGGCAGAUACCAGCAGACCCUCUCUCCUCAACAUCAUGAUCGAGCCGCAGGCCAUGCGCAAGGCCCAGGAUUUCCACUGGCUGACCCGCUCUAAUAUGUGAAUAAGGACACCAGUAGGUGGUCUCGUCUUCUCUUUCCUGCAAGAUAGAAUCUUAGUUUCUACAGCAAGAUUACUAUAAUGUUAAAAUGGUGCAAAGAAAAAUAAAAAGCAUUUCUAAAUAACA